AUGUACAUGGGCACCAUAAUAACCAAACUGCCUAAGAGCCUUGAACCAGCCCCGGCUUUGCCUCUCCACACCUCGAGGUCCCUCUGGGAUACGCUAGCUUUGUCCAAACUGGCUGUCUUUUGUGAGUGGAAGGAGAUGGUGUCCAUCUGCAGCCAUCGCCGCCCAGCAGAUGCCCUGCGUGAUUGCGUGAUUGAUGGCACGAGCCAGCACAGUCUCAGUGUGCAUUGCUGUAGGAAACGAUCCAGUUUUACCCACAAGGAGUGGAAAAGUCCUCGUGCAGCAGAGCCAGGAGCAGAGGCUUCAUGGCUGCCCCAGACCCCACACCCUAAUGCCUGCUGGCUCCUGAUGUCCGAGCAGCCUGCAGCGGCUAGCCCAGAUUUGCAUCUCACACCCGCUACUUACGCGCCAGGCGCCUCUGUGGAUGCCACUCCACAGCCUCGUGUGUUAAGAGGCACACAAGAGCUGCCUGAUUGGCUCCCAAGCUCAGAACCAGGAGCCAGGGAAAUCAUAGCGAAAUCUGAACCUGAUGUGGCCCCGUCAGCAUCACGCGCACACUCAGAGCAAAAUGACCUGCUCUUCAAUGUAGUUUGGUUUAGUUUAGUUCAGUUGUCCUGCCCACCGGCUCCUGACCCUCCCGCCACUGAGGGGUGGUAUUUGAAAGCACAGCUGCUUACACAUGCAAUGGCUUCCAGGAUAACCAAUGAGCUGGAAUCAGGAAGUUGUGGCUGGGGGAGGGGGCUUCUCAUCUGUAAGCUGGGGAGACUUGUGGCGCCUUACAUGGACUCAGCUUCUUACCAGUCCCCGAAGGCCCCGGGAUUUUCAAAUCUGAAGCACAAGGCAACUUAAUGAAGCAUCCAAUUCAUGCCAGCUUUUAUCUGUCAGAGAAACACCAGCGAGCAAGGUAGAGACACCAAGCCAAACCCUGAUGUGUAAGUAUGAACUUCAUGUUAAUUAGGAAACGGGAGAAUAUGUGGGUUUCUCUAAUGCAGACUCACGAUACGAAGUCAGCUGACUCAAAUGCUCUCAACCUGAGCUUCGGGUCAUUUGUGUUAGCUCUAAGGUCAUCUGAGGCAGACACGUUGAACCUGACCUUGAGAGUAUCCUUGACCACUUGACCAAGAGGCCAGAGACUCUACAAGUGUGCUCAGGCCGGACAACUUCCUGUGCCUGGCAGGAAGACUCAAGAUGCCAGCGUCUCCCCUAAACCAUGUGAACUCAUCAACAUGCAGCCAUUUUAAACUAUAAAAAUGGCAAUUUC